AUGGUCUGCUAUGGUGGUGAUGGCACAACGGCGAGUGGCGGCAGCGGAGGCAACAACGACAACGAUGGCUAUGAGACUCUUCCAUUGAGAGACCUUUCCUUUUCAUCAGUAUACCCGAACAUUAACAUGAUGCCAUCAUCGCCGGAUUUUUUCGGCAAUCCAUAUUUUUUUCGAGGUCCGCCCACAACAAUGCGACCGCGAGAAAGCCCAGCAACACCAUUUGCCCUCGAUUUACAAACAACAGGAAACAAAAGAAAUGCUGACACAGCUGCGGCACCACCACCACCUCCACCCCCGCCUCCAUCACCCCCACCACCUAGUAUCAUUCAUCAUCGAGCUUCACUGAUUUAUCUUACUUAUGCCCAGAGCCACCACGUGGAGAUGCAAAUAGAUAAGCGUGCGCGUUCUCCUUCUACCGAGGACAACCUCGCGUCCUCGGGAAAGAAACUCAAAGUUUCAAAGUUUCCAAUAUCGAAAUAUAAUAUGAACAAUAGAAUGAAUAACAAUAAUUUCAAAUCUCCUGGAUACUGGAGCCCAUUGCAGUGUGUGGCAGACGCUGGCAAUGAAUGUGAUGAUAUGGAUGAUAAUCAAUCCACAUCAAUACAAUCUAUUCCAAAAAUAAAAGUGCCCCCAAUUAAAUUAUUGCAAAAGUCAUGUGACUAUGUGCAUCAAAUGAUGAAAUCUAUUAAAGUCACUGACUACUGCAUAAAAAUUAUUUCCAUUGGUAUUAAAAUUAUGUGUGAAUCUAUUGAUUCUUACAAAAUGGUUAUUGAAAAACUAAAAUUUGAGAACUGUCAAUAUUUCUCACAUGAUUUGAAAAGUGAAAAAGCUUUUAAAGUAAUUUUGUAUGGCCUUAGCUCAGUUGAUACCGCUGAACUAAAAUCGGAAUUGAUAAGAAUCGGUCUAAAAUGUGUUAACAUUAAAAGUGUAACAAAAAACUACGAACAUUAUUCCGAAACUUUUUAUGUUUGCUUUCUUGAAAGUGGUUCAAUUAAAAUGUCAGACUUAAAAAAGAACUUUAGAUCUGUUUUCCACACACAAAUAAAUUGGAACUAUCAACGAAAUCAUAAAAAUAAAAUAACACAGUGCCGAAAUUGUCAGAUGUUUGGGCACGGUGAAAAUAAUUAUCAUGUCAAAACCUACUGUUCCAUAUGUGCCGGCUCUCACAAGACUGAAGAAUGUGUCAACAAAGACAAAUUCAAAUGUGCAAACUGCAACGAGAGUCACAAGUCAACCGAUUUAAUCUGUCAAAGCAGAAAUAAAUAUUUGGAAAUAAGAGCUAAGAUUGCGAGUAAAACAAGACGCUCUCUCAAAACAAAGCUUACAAAUCCAAAUGUCAGUGUACCAUUUUACCUCUCAAUUAACGAUUUCCCUUCCUUACCUACCCGUCCUUCAAGCAAACAUAUAGAGAACAAUAACAAUAAUCGAGUAUCCAAUUCCUGGGUACAUACACAACACUCACCAUCAUCAUCAUCGUUUCCAGCAGCAGCAGCACCUUCUAACAUUCACCAACACAUUAGUGCACCAACAAUCAACGCCAAUAUCACCAACAGCGGUGAGUUGUUCUCAAUGGAAGAACUUAAUUCUCUCGUAAUGGAAAUGAUUACGAAACUAAGUACAUGUAAAACCAAAAAUGAUCAAUUUUAUGCUAUCGCUCAGUUAGCUACUAAAUUUUUGUAUCAAAAUGCUAUAUAA